CACAGUGGUAUUGAACACACGCUCGCCCAGCUGUACUGUACCUCAGGCCUACGCCAUGGCUUGGAGACGAUAUGGACAGCACUUGGACAGUAGAACAUUACAUACUUUAGAAGAAAGGAUACGUUUAUUGGAACAGAGAGUUAUGGGUUCGUCUGGUAUUAUAACUCCAUCCUCAAUUUCCGAUAGCGGCAAAGCAGAGAGCGAUGUCAGUAGCUACAAUAGCAGGGUGGAGACACCAGCUUUGGUGGUACUGAGGCGACACGUAAUAGAUUUCUGGAACAAUAUCAGUUUGCCUGGGUUCAAAUACGUGGGAGAACCUGGCCGUCACCGCUCGGAUAGGUUCAUUUGGAUCGCAGUGCUGUUGCUGAGUCUUUUCGUGAGCUCCAAGUAUAUUGGGGACGCCUACAAGAAGUGGCAAGGAUCUCCAGUGUUGUUGAGUUUCAAUGACAGUCUCACCCCCAUUUCACUCAUCCCCUUCCCCGCCGUCACUUUCUGUCCCGCCAGAAGGGUCAGCACUGAGGUGGAUUUGAAGAAUUUGCUGCAAAGUUGUGACAUGAAAAACGGUUGCAACGAAACAGAGACUAAAUUAUUGUCUGCCGCUAGCCUUCUUUGUCCAAAGUCGAAGUUUUUAAAUGUAACUGGAGGAACUGAGAGAAACUAUGACAGUUCCGUGGAAGAGGCCAUUGAGGAGGUAGCGACGACAUGCGGAGAGGUGAUAGAAUGGUUCAAGUUUAGCCAGGACGACUAUUACGAAGUGUUAGGUAACGAUUCCCUGUGUGGCCAGUACUUCCAGACUCUGUACGGGGAUGGGAGCAGCGUCUGCUUCACAUUCAACAUGCUGCCAGCCCGCGAUAUGUUCAACCCUAAUGUGAUUCCCCCGGUAAUCGACAAAACCGGUUUCGCCACCAAAGCGAGAUGGUCGCCCGACUCAAUGCUUAAAUCGGCUCAGGUGGGGAUGUCCAUUCCUCGUUACAUUGACAGCAACGGGCGCUGGUCCGGCCUUUACAUCGGCAUGAAAGACUUCACAGCCAAUGAGAGUGGUGUUUGUGGAAAGGCAAAAUCAGAAGCAAGGUUGUUUUUCCACAACCCGGCCGAGUUACCAGUGUACCAGAUCCACGAUUCGAUAGAGCUUCCCGAACACAAGGAACUGUUCCUGCGGCUACUCCCAGCAGUGGUGACCGCCAGCGAGGAGUUGGACGGCUACACUCCUGUCAACAGACGCUGCUACUUCUCGCACGAGCGUCGCCUGUCACUGUUCUCCACUUACACCCAGCGGAACUGCCAGCUGGAGUGUCGCGCCAACUGCUCCCUCAGUAUCUGUGACUGUGUGCCGUUCUACCUUCCGAGAAUUGACAACUCAACAAAGAUAUGUGGAAAAGAGUACAGGACAAGCUGCAGUCCAUUCCUCAUCACAGGUAUUCUGGAAGGGCGUUUCACCUGGAAAGACAUUUUAAAGGACUUCAGAAACCACACUGGCCAGCGGAUCCAGCAGAGGUUCGAGGGCUACGAAACUUCAGACAACGAAACUGCCAAGACCUUGACAGAUUCUCUUCUAAACUCAACGUACCCGGAGUGUACUUGUGACUGCCCCGCCGCCUGUACAACCCUCGGCUACGAGGUCAAGAUAGAAGAGGGCGACCCGCUGCAUCCCUCCUUGUCCGUUCAUUUCACCAGAGCAGCUAUAUCAUUUAAAGACCUAGAAGUAACAUCUGUUCUUCGCAAAGAGCUUAUUGGGUUGACGGAUUUUAUUGCUAACAGUGGUGGCGUGCUCGGGGUGUUUACUGGGUUCAGCUUCCUGGCCUUGUGUGAGUUGGCCUACUACUUGACCUUGCGGCUCUGGAGCUCCAUCAAGCACGCUUACGACUCACAGGAUGAGGACAUGGACCCCGGCAGUAGUCCAGACGCCAAGGGAGAUCACCUCAAGUGUUGCUUUUGCUGUGGUCCUGUAGUCGAAAAUGUUGACUGAAGCAAACCAUAAUCCAAUUGGUGAUCCAGCGAAAUACACGUACAUCGCUUUUAUAACUUAACCUAUUAAACAAGAAUAGCCAUAGCUUACAUUAAAUGUAUUGGUGGUUUAACAUAUGACUCACUAACUAAUAGAGUGCAUCAACUAACCAGGCGGCGUAAUCUGUUAGACAGCAUAAUAAUAAAUUAUAUAUUACUUUACAUGUUUAGUAUAGGCUUCACUUUUCUGACAAAUAUUUUGUUAAUAUAAGACCUAAUAAUAUUUAAUUUCCGUGUCUAUAAUUUUAUAUGUUAUGUCAAUAUGUCUAGAUUAGCAAUA